AUGAGUUUUAGACAUUUCAAGAGAAGACUUGAAAGAAGCUCAGAAGAUGAGGACUCUUCGGAAGAUGGAGAUCAUUUUGAUGAGGACGCCAGUUCAUCAAAGAAACCAGCCUUAUCAAACUAUGAAUGUGUAGUGGUCAAAGGUUUGGAAAAACCAACAAAGAAGCACUUAGUUGAGGAUAAAAAAGAAUCGAAUGUAAGUAAAACUGAUUCUAGUUCCGAAAGUGAGGAGAGUAGUGACAGCGGGAACUCGAGUGACAAUGAAGAUGUCAUACCUUUACACAGACCUUUGUUUCUGAAGAAAAAGACUGAUAAUCCACAAAAAGCUACUACUAUCGAUCAAGCUCAGAGUAUUCAAAGUGAGGCACAUUACUCGGAAAUAAAGGAGGAAAAUGUGAUGAAAAACAUUGACAAAGCUAACGAAGUGGCAAAGAACUAUGAAGCAAUGAAGCUACAACUUGACACUAAUUAUAGUACCAACGAGGAAUUGGUCAAACAGUGUAUGCUUCUAAAUGAUGACGAUGAGGUUGAUCCAGAAAAGGAGCAAUGCGAAUGGUUGAAAAGACACGACGAACGUAAAAUGAAACAUAGAAGCUCGCAGCUUGCCAAGCAGAGAGAAUCAGAAAAAUACGAAGCAAGUAGAUUCGCAGCUGUACAAAAAGAUAAAGAUAGGCACACCAAAUAUGAAGUCGUCCCAGAUAGAGAGCAGAAGGAACUAUGUAAUAAGGGACAAAGAUUUGCUGAGAAAGUCAAAAAUUUACAUAAGAACGAUCGUUAUAAAAUCACAAGAGUCAAGAAUGUUAGCUUUGGAAAUCCAGAAAACAAAGGCAGAGAUAAUGAAGAAAGCGAAUAUUCUAUUUUAUAA